ACUUUUUCAAGCAGAGUGCGAAGAAGGGCGGGGUGCUGCAUGAAGUCUGUACCCUCCCCUUUUACUCCCUCCUCCCCCUUAUUCCCCUGAUACAAAAAUGAACCUGCUCACGAGGCUGGUGGUUUAAAGCAGAGCUGCACAGCAUACAGAACACACUCACACACAGUAGAGAAAGUCUCAUGACAUUACAUUAGAGGUGUGUGGAUGCACUCCACACAAACACAUAAACACACACUCAUAUAAACAUACACAUGUGUGGACUGGACUGCUCCACUACUGGACCUCUCACUCAGCAGUACCCUCCAAAAAGGUUUGUUUGAUAUGUCUACCUCCUCAAAUGAUAACUUGGUUUUGUAGGGUAUCAUUUUGCAUCUCCUAUCUUUUUGAACAGAGCCACGGAGCCUAGAAAUAACAGCUCUUGUCCUCUGUGGAGUUUAAUUGGGCUUAAAUGGCUUGGCUGCUUAGGAAUCUAUCUUCUAGCACAUUCCUUUAAAACCCUUCUAACUGUGCUGGGAAACGGUUAUAGAACACCUAAAACUCCCCCUUUUAAGACCUCUAUGUGGACUAAACAACAGAGAAAGAGGGAGACCUAUCUAUCCCUCCCUUCAUCACCUCCUUUCAGCAGUCCAGGCAGGAGAAACCUUGGGAGAGAAGGAGAAGAGGAGGAAAGAACAGUAGAGCUGGCGCCACCGUCUAUUAAACCUAUCCACCACUUAAUUUCCUGUAAUCUGGGGGUUACUGUUGCUAGUGGGGACAUGGACACUUCUACACCUGUGUUGGCUGCCGGGGACAAAGUGUGUGACAAGACGGUGUGCGAGGCACUGGGCCACCUCGAAGCUACACUGGCGGCGGCGGUGCGCGAGUUGCAUGUGGACGUGAGCGCCUUCAAGCAGGGUGUGGAGCGGCGGGUGGACGAGGCGUGCCAGGCACAGGGACCCCUGGCCGAGGCUCUUCAGCGGCUAACGCAGGAGAACCUGCAGCUCCGGAGCCAGCUGGAGGUGCUGGUCUGCCUGAUGGAGGGUCUGACGGGAAGAGUGGUGGACAGAAGCGCCCUCGAGGAGAGGGCCAGUAGGGGAUGGAUCCCCAUGACUUCGUCACAGGGGACGGUGAACAUAAGCCAGGGGAGCCCCUCCACCAUGGUCCUCUCUGGACUGUCGGAGUCUGGUUCUUCUGGUCUUGGUUAUGAUGCCUCUAGUUCUACAUCAGCGUUUCUCUCCAGCAGAGAGCCAAUGGGGGAUACCAGCAUGCCUAAUGGACAUAAGGUUGUUGACAAAAUGGAAGAGAAAAAUGUUGCUGCUGUGUGGGAGAAUGGACAUGAAAAUGAACUGAAGUCUGCUGGUCAUUCAUUAGCAGAUGUCACCUCGCCCAAAGCAAGAUCGGAUUAUUUGUAUGAAUCUGAGGGCUCGUCAUUCGGCAAUCCUCAUCUUCCCUGCACUGCCAUGACCAAAAGGGACUCCCCGACUAGCCCCAAACCGCCAGCACAAUCUUCUGCUUUGGCCCAAAAGUGUCCUGCUUCAACACCAAAGUCUCCUACCUAUCCAAUGGCAGACGUCACCACUCCCAAAACAGCACUUGAUGCUUUGUUUAGUCCCUCAGAGAGUUUGCCUGGACAACAUCAGGAAGUGAGGUCACCAGUCAGCUGUCAUGCAGCUCAGCAAGAGCACCCCACCCCUGUAUCUCUGGCCCCGCCCUAUGCCCCUGUCAGUGUCAUGAGCAAAACUGGCCCCGAGGUACCAACUGCACCAGCCCCAACUCAGUCUCCUGCCGCCCCAACCAGGUCUUCCGCAGCCCCAAGUCAGUCUUCUGCCGCCCAAUCUCAGUCUCCUGCAGCCCCUCCAUCUCCUGCCCCUGCACCUAAAACACCUAGUCAAUCAGUAUUUGAGGAGACCAAACCCAAAGCAUCAGGAGAAUUCCCUUUCAAACGUAGUGAACGUGUAGUACAUGCAGUUGAGGCAGCGAGCGCGAGUCUUACCCGUAGCAUGAGCUUCACAGCAACCACAGAAAAACUCCUACCCCCCAGAAAAGUGCCUCCCCCUGGCACAGACAGGAGCAUGGACAAGUUCGGCGGUCUGGAAAGUUUUGGCAGUCCGAACAAGUUUGGCAUUCUGGACAGGCUUGGUGGUCUGGACAAGUUUGGGGGUGGUGGGGAGCGGAAGCUGCAGAGGUCACAAACACUGCCUCGCAACAUCGGGAUGCAGGGCAAACGGUCUCUGUUUGAGAGUUUGGCCUACGAGAGUGACAGGUCCAAGGCUGCAGGCUCCAAGCCCAAACUGCAGCGCUCUCAGAGUUUCAACAGCGCUAGCAACAUCAAGGCAAUGCUCCUGGAGUGGUGCCGCUCCAAAACCAUUGGCUACCAGAACAUAGACAUCCACAACUUCUCGUCCAGCUGGUGUGAUGGGAUGGCAUUCGCUGCCCUGGUCCACUCCUUUUUCCCCCUGGUGUUUGACUACAAUACACUGAACCCUGCCAAUCGCAAACACAACUUUGAAGUGGCCUUCACCACAGCAGAGGAGCAAGCCGACUGUGUGCGUCUCAUAGAGGUGGAGGAUAUGAUGGUGAUGGGUAGCAGACCAGACCCUAUGUGUAUUUUCACCUACGUCCAGUCCCUCUACAACCACCUCAAGAAGUUUGAGUGACACUCCCAUGCAGAGAGGAGCACCCCUACAUUGUCUCAUGUCGUCAGCAAACCAAAGCACUACUCCCUACUUUGUUCAAAUCUUGAUAACUGUAUAUGACGAUUGUGCCUGUAGAUUUCUAUUUGAAUUCUUCUGGUCCUGUAAUCAUGUGCUGUGCAUAUGGUUUGGGGGAUUUAUUUUGCCUCAUUUAGAAAAUAGAGGUAGUGAAUUGGGGAAAAUAUUGGUAGUUUUACAAAGAUAUUUGUUGACUCAGAGUCAAAUGCUGGUUAUUUUCUAUUGGUAUAAUACGGAUGCAUAUCAUAAAAGAAAUAGAACAAGAUCUAUAAAAUAGUGUUUAUUAAGCAUGAAGCUAGCAAAACACCUGAAAGACAUACUUUAGUAGACAAUGCAAAUGAAAGGUGUACAUUUAAAGAAAGGUGGCAGGAUCAACGAUGUAACAUAGGUACCAGAGUGACCAGAUCUGAGUUGGUGACUACGACUAUUGUGUUGUGUAGAAAUGAAUUACAUUGAUCUUUCUAAUGUGCAUAUAAGAAGAGGUUCAAAUAUACACUCAACAAAAAUAUAAAACGCGUGCCUCCCGAGUGGCGCAGUGGUCUAAGGCACUGCAUGGUAGUGCUAGCUGUGCCACUAGAGAUUCUGGUUCGAGUCCAGGCUCUGUCGCAGCCGGCCGCAACCGGGAGACCUAUGGGGCGGUGCACAAUUGGCCCAGCGUCGGCCCCCAGGGAUGUUCUUGUCCCAUCGCGCACUAGCGACUCCUGUGGCGUGCCGGGCGCAACGCACGCUGACACGAUCACCAGGUGUUUCCUCCGACACAUUGGUGCAGCUGGCUUCCGGGUUAAGCCGGCGUUGUGUCAAGAAGCAGUGCGGCUUGACUGGGUUGUGUUUUGGAGGACGCACGGCUCUUGACCUUCGCCUCUCCCGAGGCCGUACGGGAGUUGCAGUGAUGGGACAGGACUGUAACUACCAAUUGGAUACCACGAAAUUGGGGAGAAAAAGGGGUAAAAAAAUAAAUAAUUAUCAUAUCAAAAAAUAUAAAACUAUUUCAGAUGUUAUUGAAAUUACAGUUCAUAUAAGGAAAUCAGACAAUUGAAAUAAAUUCAUUAGGCCCUAAUCUAUGGAUUUCACAUGACUGGAAAUACAGAUAUGCAUCUGUUGGUCACAGAUACCUUAAAAAAAAGGGAGGGCGUGCAUCAGAAAACCAGUCAGUAUCUGGUGUGACCACCAUUUGUCUCAUACAGCACAACAUAUCUCCUUCGCAUAGAGUUGAUCAGGCUGUUGAUUGUGGCCUGUGGAAUGUUGUCCCACUCUUCAAUGCCUGUGCGAUGUUGCAUGAUAUUGACGGGAACUGGAACACACUGUCACACACGUCGAUCCAGAGUAUCCCAAACAUGCUCAGUGGGUAACAUGUCUGGUGAGUAUGCAGGCCAUGAAAGAACUGGGACAUUUUCAGCUUCAAGGAAUUGUGUACAGAUGCUUGCGACAUGGGGCAGUGCAUUAUCAUGCUGAAACAUGAGAUGAUGGCA